ACCAUGCCGUACAACUGCUGCCUGUCUAACCUGAGCUGCCGCACUGGCUGCCCCUCCCGGCCCUGCGUGGCCCCCAGCUGCCACAACAUCCCCCUGCCCGGGGCCUGCAACAUCCCCGCCAACGUGGGCAACUGCGGCUGGUUCUGCGAGGGCUCCUUCAAUGGCAGCGAGAAGGAGACCAUGCAGUUCCUGAACGAACGCCUGGCCAGCUACCUGGAGAAGGUGCGGCAGCUGGAGCGGGAGAACGCGGAGCUGGAGUGCCGCAUCCAGGAGCGCUGCCAGCAGCAGGAGCCGCUGAUGUGCCCCAGCUACCAGUCCUACUUCCGGACCAUCGAGGAGCUGCAGCAGAAGAUCCUGUGCAGCAAGUCUGAGAACGCCCGGCUGGUGGUGCAGAUUGACAACGCCAAGCUGGCCGCGGAUGACUUCAGGACCAAGUACGAGACGGAGCUGGGUCUGCGGCAGCUGGUGGAGUCGGACAUCAACAGCCUGCGCAGGAUCCUGGACGAGCUGACCCUGUGCAGGUCUGACCUGGAGGCCCAGGUGGAGUCCCUGAGGGAGGAGCUGCUCUGCCUCAAGCAGAACCACGAGGAGGAAGUCAACACCCUGCGUUGCCAGAUUGGGGACCGCCUCAAUGUGGAGGUGGACGCUGCCCCCACUGUGGACCUGAACCGCGUGCUCAAUGAGACCAGGUGUCAGUACGAGGCCCUGGUGGAGACCAACCGCAGGGAUGUGGAGGAAUGGUUCACCAACCAGACCCAGGAGCUGAACAAGCAGGUGGUGUCCAGCUCAGAGCAGUUGCAGACCUGCCAGGCGGAGAUCAUCGAGCUGAGACGCACGGUCAACGCCCUGGAGAUCGAGCUGCAGGCCCAGCACAACCUGAGGGACUCGCUGGAGAACACGCUGACAGAGACGGAGGCCCGCUACAGUGCCCAGCUGUCCCAGGUGCAGUGCAUGAUCACCAACGUGGAGUCCCAGCUGGCGGAGAUCAGGAGUGACCUGGAGCGGCAGAACCAGGAGUACCAGGUGCUGCUGGACGUGCGGGCGCGGCUGGAGUGCGAGAUCAACACGUACCGGGGCCUGCUGGAGAGCGAGGACUGCAAGCUCCCCUGCAACCCAUGUGCCACAACCAAUGCCUGUGACAAGCCCAUUGGACCCUGUGUCUCCAGUCCUUGUGCCCCACUCCCUCGCUGUGGGCCUUGCAAUACCUUUGUGUGCUAGAGGCAUCGAUGGCAGGAGCGCAAGGGCCCCGAAGUCACACCCUAACUUCACCCAAACAUCUCCAACAGUAACCGGUUUGGAUCAAGAAAGAAACUUCUAUCGGCACCAGCUCCCGGGUCACCUCUAGGCUUCUGCUCAAUUUCCUGGCUUGCUUCUUUACUAUAAGAGACAGCAGAGUCUACUCAUUGUCUCUGUCUUCUGAAAAAUACAGAGCAAUCUAUAACGGGAUCAAGUAGUAUCUAUUGUCCCAGUGACACAUCUGCAUAGUGUGCUAUGCUUUAGCAGGUACUUAUCUAGAUGUGAUGAAAUGUGACCUUGCUCACGGGCAUCCUAGGAAACUAAAUAUAAUUGGAAGAAAUAGUGCUUGUCACUCUUUUGGUCUUUGGAGAUGCAAUAGAAGAUCCCUUGUCGACCUCUUAAUAAAAUCUUUUUCUGGCACAAAAGUGAUAAUUGUCCUUUUUGUUCAUUAAUUCCAAAAUUGGGUGUCUUAUAUAAAUAAAAAAGGUAGGCAGUGUUCUUCCAUCAGAUGAAGGGGUCAUUUGCCCCAAUAUAUGGUCUGUGGCUUCUCCUAAAGGAGAAGUCUCCACCGGGCGUCACCCACCAUUGACAGACAUGGGCUUCACGUCUGGGAAGGAGGUGGUGGGGAAGGACGGGCAAAUCAGGAGAGCACCUGCGCACGUUUCCUGACAAGGUCUUCCGAGGGCACAGGUGAGGGAACCAGAGACACUGGUCAACCACAGGAGGAAGUGAGUCCUGAGAGAGCGGCUGUGUCUCUC